CAAUCCAAUCCUCAGGCCUAGAUCAGUUCCACAGGAAAUCCCAAGGAAAAGCGCAAGAUGAAGUUCUUCUACGGAGCUCUGCUGGUGCUGGGCACAGCAAUUAUUGCCCAGGCGGCUGUUGCCCGCUCCAACGAUGAGUCCGCCCAGGAGACCGCCCAGCAGUCCAAGUACCGCCUGUUCAAGCAGCCAGUGCAGGUCGAGGCACGCAACUUGCAGCAGCUGUUGGCCCUGAAGCAGCCAUCCUGCCCACCGGCGGCACCUGCCACCACCACUACCACUGAGCCCAGCACCACCACGAUCACGACUUCUCCCACUGGACCCACAACGUCCACCGGAACGUCCACAUCAACCACCACACCCACUACUGCAUCCCCUACUACUACCGAUAGCUCUAGCUCCCGUCGUUCAUUCAACAACCAGGUGGAGGAGAACGAGGACGACGACGACGAGUUCGAGCAGGAGGAGGAGGAGGGAAAGUAUCUGAACCAGGAUGACGAGCAGGAGGAUGACGAUAACGAAGAGGACGGCUUCCAGCUCGUGGCUCCCAAAGUCUCAGCUUCCUCAUCCUCUGCCAUGCGCCGUCGCGCCAGCAACUCCAACGGAUCCUCCGGCAACAAGAACCAACUGUCCAACAGCGAGCUGAUCCGCGAAAUCGAACUGCGCCGCCAGAAGGACCUCAACGACCAGCUGCGCAAGCAGCUGUCCAACGCCCGCCGCCGUUCCAACCAGAACCGCCGCCGUGCCGUUAACAAACGCCGUCGUGCCCUUCGCCGCCAGCAGCAGAAGCGUCGCAACCAGUCCCGCCGCAGCCAGCAGAAGCGUCGCUCCCAGAACCGCCGCCACCGCAACGCCCGCCGCCGUCAGCGCCGCAACAACCGCCUGAGCCGCCUGCGCCAGCGUCGUCGCGCCAACCGCCGCCGCAACUGA